CCGGGCCUCCCGGGCGCCUGCUCAGGCCGGCGGCUUCGCGAUGCGGCCCGCGGGGAACCGGCAGGACCGCAACUCGGGCCGUUGUGCCCCGGAACCCGCACUGGGAACCUCGGCAUCCCCAGCCCGCGACCCUCGGGGGACCCUGGCCCCUGCCCACCCUCGUUGCCGAUCCCUCCGGACCCCUCCCCGGGAGCUCCUGCAGGAUCCCCCUCCCCCACUCCGUCCCCUCCCCGUGAGGACCCCGCAGGCCCAGGACCCCCGUCCACCCUUUGCAGUGACCCUCAGGACUCCUCUCCGGGAACCCCAUCAGGGCUCCCCAUCCCCCCAUUCCGCCGAUCAGCCCCUCAGAAGCCCCCCCCCCAAGCCCAAGAACCCCCGUCCACCUUCUGCCCUGAUCUCUCAGGACCCCUCCCUUCUGGGCAACACUUGCCACCCCCUCCCCGCACCCCACUUCACGUCCUCCUAUCGGGCCCAGAACUGCCCCCACCUCACCCCAAGGAGACCAGCCUCAGGGCCUUACCCGCCCCCCAUGCUGACCCCACAGGACCCCUCUCUGGCCUCUUGUCCCGAAGGAACCACUGCCCGCCCCCUGAUUUAUGCCACCCCCUGGCGGGAAGGGAGAGGAUUCACAGCUCCUGGCUUCCAUCCUGAAGUCUGCCCCCAGCCUCCUGACCCCAUCACGCCUACUGGCCUCAAAUGCCAGAGCCAGCAGGGCGGUCCAGGUUGCUCCUCAGAGCUGGCCCCUGACAGCCCGAGUGAGUUCUUUCACCCACAACUAGUGUGUUUAGCCAAAACGAAACGGCUUCCUUCUAUCCUGGCAUUUGAGACCCGGGUCGGGGCCUGCCAGAAGCAGGCAGCUCUUUGUUAAGGAAUAUUUUCAGAAGGGAAAAAUGUGCUGAAGAGGCUCGAGUGGAACAUGAAUGAGUUGUCUGCUUCGUUUUAUUCCCCCUCGGCCGGGCUGUGAUUGAGCUAGAGGACCUGUGUCCCUGUGUCUUUCCGUCUUAUGUGGCUCUUCCCAUCCAUCCCGUCGCCUUCCCCACUCCCAGCUCUGGCCUCAGAGUCCAACCUGUAGGUUCCCCUGGGCUUCUGUGGUCAGCGGAGGGUGGUUUGGAAGGGAUCACAGGUGGCUUGGUCCUGGCACAGGGAUGAGAUGAGACAGGAGAGGAGACACUGGCGUGACACUGUGGCCAGGACUGCAGGGGACGAGGAGCCGGGCCAGUCCAGUCCCCCGCAGCCUGGGCACUGUGCAUCUGGGGUCCUUCUGACGACAUAACCGUGCUCGGAAACCCUGAGAUAAAAAGCCCCAGCUUCCUUGUGGAUAUUCACUAGCGGAUUCUGGACCACCCUGGGAAAAAGCUCAUUGCGGCUCAGUACCUCAACUUCCCCAUCCGGAAACUGGGGUGCAGGGAGAGUGGCUAAAUUUUUAGAACAGAACUUGGAACUGCAGGGAGGCUAGGGUGUGGCCCUAUAUGUUCCCCGGGUGCUGUGUGGAAGGGAACGGUAAGGCCUCGGAGGGGAGUCCUAUGGGCUCCUGUGAAUCGCUGACCACCCAGGUCCCUGCUGGGGUCUUAGUUGACACCUCAUUGGAAAGUGGCCAUCUUCCUAGGGCUGAGCUGUAUUGCGGGGAGCCAGCUCGAAUCAGGGCUGGAAGAAUGAAGAUGAGAGAUGGUCUGUUGCAGGACUUGUGGUUAUACACUGGGUCUUGCCAGGAGGACCACGGGGAACGGGGUGGGCAUGAGGGGCUGUCAGAUAGCCAUGCUGAGGCCGCACGUAGAUCUCUGAUGCCCCACAAAAACCCUCUGACGCCGGGUAGGAAGAGGUUUGUUCUGUCCACUUGCUGAAGGAAGGCGUGGAGGAAAAGACUCCUGAAGGUCACGUGGUGUCUCUUACGCACAGGAAACUAAACUCUAUAGCCUCCCCAGGGUGGAAUUUUGUGCAGAGACAGUGGGGUAUGAAGGCUCCCCGGGAAUGACUGUGAACUCCAUAGGAAACCACGAGGAGGGCUUGUAAGUGAUACGAACGCAGUUUUACCCAAGACUGGGCUUGUGGAGCUGCAUCUUUGUUUGUGAGCUUUGAGAGGUGCAGGGGGAUGAGGAGGAAUGUACAUUUCAAUUUCCUCUUGCAGAAUAGAGAUGCCAGUUGUUACAGGGAAGCCCUGGGCCUGGAGUCAGAUGUUGGGGUGUGAAGGAAUGUAAGAUGUGUACAAUGUGGUCCCUGCCCUGCAUCUAAAGUCCUCUCACUGGCAUGCGGCGGCCCCCGCCACGUGCUCAGCACCGUGCCAAGCACCAUUGACAUAUUAUCUCAUUUAAUCCUCCCCAAAACUGGAAGAACCAGGAUUGCAGCACGCGCCCUUGCCAUCCUGGCCUGAGGCCUGCUGUGGGGAGCAUGAGACAGAAUUAUGUACAGCAGGCUGCAAUGGGAGCCUGAAAAUAAAGCCUGAUGCAUCCCUGGGGUGUUGGGGAAGGCACAGUAGGGAUGACGUAUGGACCAGGUCACAGGCAAGCGUGGCAGGGAAGGGUGUUCCAGGCAGCAGAAGUGCUUGGACACAGGCCCAAGAGGCAGGAGCAAGCGUGGUGCGCUCAGGGAGGCGUGUCCCUGCACUUCCUUUGAUAGGCGUCUUACUACAGGCCUUUGUGUCCCCAGUGCCAUCUGUACACUUGGCACACACGGUGGGGGGCUCCCCAGCAAAGGGGAUCCCUAGUUGGGAGAACUUGGAAAGGCAGCAAAGCCGCCCUUCCCAGGGAAGACUGCAGUACACACAUGCUAGCAGCCCGGGCAAUAGAAGGAAGGAGAUGAGUUUAGGAGAACUAACUCAGCUCAUCAGGGUCAGGGAGAACUAACUCAAUUCGUCAGGGUCAGGGAAGAGACUUACCCUUUUGAGGGAGAUUUGGAAGGCCUCAUUGGCAUGACUCACCUGCACUUUCAUUCAUUUCUCAGCAUGCCACGAUGUGCUUGUGAGAGUGUUUCAUUGAAAUCUGAGGCCCGGCACAGUGGCUCACACCUGUAAUCCCAGCACUUUGGGAGGCCGAGGCGGGCAGAUCACCUGAGAUCAGGAGUUCGAGACCAGUCUGGCCAACAUGGUGAAACCCCGUCCCUAUUAAAAAUAGAAAAAAAUUAGCCGGGUAUGGUGGUGCACGCCUGUAGCCCCAGCUCGCUUGAACCUGGGAGGCAGAGCUUGCAGUGAGCCAAGAACGCACCACUGCACGCCAGCCUGGGCAGCAGAGUGAGACUCCAUCUCAAAGAAAUAAAUACAAAUUUUAAAAAUUUUUUUAAAAAGAAAAAUGAGGGAUUUGCCAGAAGGGAACCUAUCAUAAUAGCCGAAAGUAAUCUGGUCAGAUUACAAGACAGAAAAUAUUUUUUAGGUCAGAAAAGAUUCCGCAGGUCAGAAUGGUUCAAUUCUCAGAUUUUAGCCAAAGGUGUGUGCUGCUGUUGCUGCUAUUGUUAUCAAUAAUGAUUAUUCUAGUUUUACUGUGUUUAAUCUUUAAACAGGAUCACCACAGAAAGGGAGGGCCUGUUGAAGAGGGGAAGUUUAUUUAUCCCGCAAAUAUGGGAUGCCUGCUAGACUCUGAAGACCCAAUAGCGGGCUAGACAGCCCCAGCCCCUGCCCUAGUAGAACUUUUCAUCCAGGAGGGAAUAAAUAUCACAGGUCAGGCUUGUCCUAAGCACAUGACAGGUUUAAGCUCAUUGAUUCCUUCCAACAAAAACUGUGGGAUAGAUACUGUCAUUAGCCGUUUUCAGAUAAAGAAACUGAGGCAGGCCAGGUGCAGUGGCUCACGCCUAUAAUCCCAGCACUUUGAGAGGCCAAGUCAGGGAGAUAACUUGAGGCCAGGAGUUUGAGACCAACCUGGGCAACAUAAUGAGACUCUCUCUCUGCAAAAAUAAUAAUAAUAAUAAUAAUAAUAAUAACAAAAUUAGCUGGACAUAGUGGCAAGUGUCUGUAGUCCCAGCUACUUGGGAGGCUGAGGCAGGAGAAUCACUUGAGCUCAGGAGUUGGAGGCUGCAGUUGGCUAUGAUUGUACCACUAUACUGCAUCCUGGGUGACAAAACAAGACCCUGUCUCUAAAAAUAAAAUAAAAAUAAAAAUAAACAAAAAAAAAAUUGAGGCAAAAUACAUCAUACCCAAGGUCACAAAGAUACAAAGUGGUAGAGGAGGCCAGGAGCGGUGGCUCACACCUAUAAUCCCAGUACUUUGGGAGGCUGAGGCAGGCGCAUCACCUGAGGUCAGGAGUUCGAGACCAGCUUGGUUAACACAGUGAAACCCCGUCUCUACUAAAAAUACAAAAAUUAGCCAGGUAUAGUGGCGGGUGUCUGUAAUCCCAGCUACUCAGGAGGCUGAGGCAGGAGAAUUGCUUGAACCCAGGAGGCAGAGGCUGCAGUGAGCCAAGAUCGUGCCACUGCACUCCAGCCUGGGUGACAGAGGGAGACUCGGUUUCAAAGAAAAAGGAAGAAAAAGAAAAGAAAAGGAUAGAGGAGGGAUUUGAACCUAGGCUGCAAGCUCUGAAGUUCUCACCUGGAGCCAAGAGAUCUGGGAUAACAACCUACACUCCAAGGCCAAGGAUAUGGAAACUUCCAGAACCAUGUGGAGGAGCAGCUAGACUGGGCGCAAGAAGAGAUCAGGCAGGGACCUCUGUAUUCAAGCCGCUGUUCUUGUUAUCCAAGGGGCAGCUCACCUGUCAGUUGUCCGCCCACCCCUUGCCAAGGAAGAGAGGACCUAAGGUGAUAGGUUGGGCCAUUUCCCCAGAGGUCAGAGCCAGCCAAGACAGCAGCAAUCUGUCAGGCUGGACAAAUUGGGGUCACGUGGCAUCUUGGGCUUUAGAUUCCGAAAUGAGUCUGUGUGCCUGGUAAUCAUUAGACAUGGAGGAAUCAGAAAUGGGGUGGGGGGGGGGGUAGGGCCGGGCGUGGUGGCUCACGCCUGUGAUCUCACCACUUUGGGAGGCCAAGGUGAGAAGAUCACCUGAGGUUAGGAGUUCGAGACCAGCCUGGCUAACAUGGCGAAACCCUGUCUCUACUAAAAAUACAAAAAUUAGCCAGGUAUGGUGGUGCGCCUGUAAUCCCAGCUACUCGGGAGGCCGAGGCAGGAGAAGUGCUUGAACCCAGGAGGCGGAGGUUGCAGUGAGCCGAGAUCGUGCAACUGCACUCCAGCCUGGGCUACAGAGCAAGACUCUGUCUCAGAAAAGAAAAAAAGAAGGAAAUGAGGGGUAGGAGAGGAAGGGAAACAACAUGGAAAGGAAACUCGGGGUCUUCAUUGCUGUCUCUGAAAAUGCCACACGCUGAAAGACGCAUCAUAUGCGCUCGCUGUUGAAAAAUAAUGACUGUUUUCACUGAGUAACCCCUGCACUUGGGGUUUCACAUAUGUGUAUCAUUCCCAAAGUAAAAGAAUACAGACAGAGCUGCAGCACAGCGGGUGGAUUUAGGGCAAAAGCUGUACAGUCAGAAAUCCAAGUUCAAAUCCUUCUUCUUCCUCAGCCUAGUCAAGGGACUCUCUGUGCCAUAUGGCACUUGUGUGUUAAAGCCGCCGUUGGCUUUUCUGCUUACACUGUACAGAAAUUUCUAUUUUUAUUUUUUUCAUUUUUUUUUUAGACGGAGUCUCUCACUCUGUCAUCCAGGCUGGAGUGCAGUGGCGUAAUUUCAGCUCACCACAACCUCUGCCUCCUGGGUUCAAGCGAUCCUCCUGCCUCAGCCUCCGGAGUAGCGGGGAUUAUAGC